GUGCUCCACUUUAGACGUUUUGACAGGAUUGUUUAUCUGAUGAAGGGACUUCACGGCCCUUCUCCGAUGACGCAAAUGGUUUCGAAACCCAAGUUGGCAAGUAGCGCCAUGUAAAGUUCAGUUUGGCACAGAUGGUGUGCAGGCAAGGGUUACAUGGCAUGCAAGAUCUUGUGCCCAGAGUGACUUGCAUGCCGACUAGGCACAGCUCUGCCCGUCCCAUGUCUGCCAGGCUCGACUGAGGAGGUAUAAGAGUCUUGGGAUCUUCCACUCAACCCUUCUUUCACCCACAGUCGAUCAUUCCUGCUCUUAGAUACCCUAACAGUACUCGCUCAAGAUGCGUUACUCACUCCUUGCUUUCGCUACUUGCGCUCUGGCAGCACGCCCUUUCCUCAACGAACCCGACACCGGUAUCGACGACCAGUUGGCUGGAUUCGUCGCUAAUGACACCCUGCCUCCUCUCAAGUCUUUGGUUGGCCUGCCCGACUUCCAAUGGGUUGGCCGCCAGCACAUGAACACCUCCGCCUACACAUACUACCGCAACGGAGCGGCUGGCGAAUGGUCAUACCGCAACAACCUCGAAGUCUUCUCCCGCUACCGAUUGAGGCCCCGCGUCCUCCGCGACAUCACCAACAUCCAAGCCUCCAUGCCCACGACUAUUCUCGGUCACAACUUCUCAGCGCCCUUCUUCAUCUCCCCAUGUGCACGCGGUGGAUAUGCCAACGAGGAUGGUGAGCUUGGCCUCGUCAAGGGUGCCGGCGAAGGUGACAUCCUCUACAUGACCUCGCUCUACUCGUCCAAGAGCUUGGAAGACAUCUACGCUGCUCGCCCCAACGGCUCAGAGCAAGUCUUGUUCCAGCAAGUUUACCUUGACGGUGACAUGAACGACACACAGGUGCUCUUCAAGAGGAUCGAGAAGCUCGGUGCGAAAGCUAUUAUUCUGACUGUCGACUCUCCCGGUGAUGGUGUCAGGCACCGUGCUGCCCGCUACGGUGUCGGUUCCGCCGACGUCAACCUGAGUCUUCUGACUUGGGAUCUGUACCAGCAGCUAUCCAACAUGACCUCCCUGCCUAUCAUCCCCAAGGGUAUCCAGACCGUCGAAGACGCUCGCGAGGCCGUCAAGCAGGGCGUAAAGGCCAUCUUCCUCUCCAACCACGGCGGCCGUCAAACCGACACUUCGCCAUCAUCCCUCGAAGUCGCCCUAGAAAUCUACAACGAGGACCCUGAGAUCUUCCAACAAAUCGAGGUUUACGCUGAUGGAGGUAUCCGCUACGGAACCGAUGUUCUCAAGCUCCUCUCUCUCGGUGUCAAGGCUGUCGGUCUCGGAAGGCCCUUCAUGUACGCCAACAUCUACGGCGCUGAGGGUGUCGCAAGAGCGACAGAGAUGCUCAAGUACGAGCUCAUCAACGACGCGGCGAACAUUGGUGUAACCGACCUCAAGAAGAUCGGCCCAGAAUUCGUGAACUGGAAGACUCCCGCUGUUAGCUUCAGCGUAUAGACAGUGACGUCACCAGUUCUUGCUGCGCAGGAGCUCGAAAAUUCCCUUCUCUUCAACUAGAUGUAUAUACUUUUAGCAAACAAUUUAUCAAGACUUUCUUCAAUUUCAAA